UAAUUUUGAAACGAAAGUCAUCCUCCGAUUCAUCUGAAAAAACAACAAAAAAUGUUACAAUUGAUCCGGAGAACCAGACAGAAUCUAACAGUGAUUCGUUAGAAAAUAAGAAUGAAGAAAGUUUUGAGCAACUUGGGACGCAUACUAUUAUUGUACCCGCGAUCAGCACUUCGGUUAAA